UCAUGAAAAACUUUUUUCUAGUUGGCAUGGAAGAAGUGGUAUUAACGUCCAGAUUACCAUUAAAUCAGUUAUGGCUGCGAGUUGAGUCUCUAAGAGAACGAUGUCACUGGCUCAGUGUGAGUAGCGAUGAAUUAGAAUUAGUUGGUGAUUCUCGUCGAUUUGUUCUCCCAGAAGAUGUGGCAGAUUUUGUUCAUCCAAUGGUUUCGAUGCAAUCAAAUUUCCGGUUGGCAAUUUAUUCUCUUAUGUCAUUAAAAGUUCCUCUUCUACCUACUCGAGAUUCGAUAUUACAGGACUUGGCGAUUAAAGACUUUGAUUGGAGUGGUGAAUCUUUGGAGAUGCUAUUGCCAUUAGCAUAUCCUUCAAUAGGAGUCAUGGCUGCUCAUACACAACGAAAGGCUCUCUUGGGCGGCAUACUUGAGGGAAGAUUAACAUCCGGUCCCCAAUAUUUACGAUUUCAUCCAGCUCAAGAACCAUACUUAGAUUUUAUACGAGACGCAUUUAAAGUAAUCGCUGAAAAUCUACAAACGUCGCAGCGUACAAGUAUUUAUGUGUGGUGGUUACGGUUUGAACGGCUUCUUGUAUUUUUCAGUAAAACUGAUCCUCUCAAGAAUGACAGCAGGAGGAAGAAAUUAAAAACUAGUUUAAAAGAGUUUCUGAAAAAGGAUGAGAACAGAAAUAAUCUACAUUUCUACAGAGAAUAUGCAUUGAUUGAACGAGAAAUGGAACGCUUUGAUAACUGUGUCAAUAUUCUUGAAACUACUAUUCAGUCUCAGGGACAGAAUUUGGAAUCAAUAUCAAAUGAUGAAGAAAAAACAGCUCUAUUGAGCGUGUACAGAACACUACUUGAAACUCUGUUGGAUGUUGAUACAUACAACUUUGAAGCGCCAUCCUUAAGCUUUGAAAUGAG